AUGGAACGCCCGUGUGUAAUCUUUGCAGCGGUAAUAUUAUUGUAUGCUAAAUACAUAUCUAGUGAUCGUGGCGACUACAUCGGUUGCUACAAGCUCAAAGACGACGUGCUUAACACUCACACAGGUCAGUCUGUUGACGUAUGUUUAUCUGGUUGCGAACAAGUGUAUUAUAAAUACGCUCUAAUUGGAAACGAGUCUACAUGCUUUUGUGCUAACGAUCCCGGUCAUUUUAAGCUAGGAGAAGACUCGUGUGAUACUCCCUGUCCAAAAAAUGAGACUCAAAAAUGUGGCGGUGAUAACGCAGCCAGCGUUUAUGAUACUGAAGUCACCGCGCCUGGUCCACCCAUGUCGAUAGACAUAGUUAAUAUAACCGAAACAACCUUGCGAGUGCUCUGGACGGCUCCACAAGCAUUCACACGUGUCACUGGGUACAUUAUUACUGCAACUAUAAUCCACACUUAUGCAGAUUUUGUAAUUAUACCUCUCGAGUGGAGGGUGUCUAAUGAAACAUUUCAAACCGAGUUACCAAACCUUCAGCCAGGCUCCACAUACAGCAUAAGUGUCGCAGCUGAAAAUUAUGAAGAACUAGGUGCAAAUAUUACUAUGAAAGCUGAAACUAUUAUUGGCACACCAAACCCGAGCCCUCCGGAUAUUGAAAUGUUAGAGAGACACGGAGACCAGAUGUUGGUGCACAUUCCACCAGCAAAAAAUGUUAACGGACCCGUUUCUAUGUAUAGGGUAGUUGUGUCAAUAGAGCUGUAUCAGCAGGGUUUCAUUACAGACAAUUUAGGCAACUAUACAUAUGCUAAAGAGCAAGGGCUUCCAUAUUAUAUAACAGCAGAGUUAGACCCAGAUGACAUUAAAAAUAACUUUAUAAUUGGUGAUGAGAUCACAUACAAUGGGUUUUACAAUGCACCGUUACCACUAACAAAUGAUAUCGAAGUUUCCCUUGGUAUUGUGAGUGAGAAAAAUCAUGUCAAAAAAAUAAGAUAUGCUGAAUCAACUAAGAAAAUAAUACUCAACAUAAAUGAGCCGGAACAAGUUUCACCCAUGGUUGUAGCUUUAGGAGCAGCUAUUGCUAUAGGUAUUGUGCUGCUAUUGAUUGGCAUUGGACUACUGAUAAUACUUCGCAAGAGGAUCCAUAUGGUCAGACGAGAACGCGGCUCACAAGCCAUGCCAUUGAGUCUCAGUGAACCAUGCUUGGAGAUUGAAAACUCAGGGUUUUUGCAAGACGAAGAUGAAAGGGUAGAUUAUUAUGGUAAUUUAAAACGCAAGCUAUGGAAUAUUCCAAGGAAUCUCAUUAAUAUAGAUAUCUCAUGUGUAGUAGGAUUAGGAAGUUAUGGGAAAUUCACAAAAGGUAAAGUGCAGCAGCAUGGUGCUCAGACUUCUGGGCUCAUCCAGGUGAUAUCAGACAGAGAGCUAGAGAAACCUGACAAAAAACUAAUGUUGCAAGAGCUAGAUUUGCUUAUUAAGUCAAAUGAACACGACAACAUUAUAUCCUUAAUUGGUAUUUGUGAAACAAGCACUUCACUUUUUGUAGUUUUACAGGAUACUAAAAUUACUCUUAAGGAAAUGUUGCUACAGAGCAGACAUAGAGAUCUUCAAAAUAAUAAAUUCUGCCUUAUUUCUGAAAAGAAAGCACUCCAAAUUUGCCAGGAGGUAGCCUGUGGAAUGGAAUAUUUGCAAAGUAAAAAAAUUGCUCAUAAAAAAUUGAGUUGUCGGAAUAUCGUGAUAGGGGAUAAUGGUGUUGCAAAAGUGUCUGGUUUUGGUCUGUCUCACAUUCGACCACUCCAUGAAACUCCUGACUAUACUCGAUGGACUUCACAUGAAAUGCUUAGACAGAAUAGAUUUAACCUCAAAGCUGAUGUCUGGUCAUAUGGCAUCCUUGUGUGGGAAGUUUUAACAAUAGGAGCUACACCAUAUGCAUCCACUGGUAACAAGGAUGUUGCAGCUAGAGUUCUAAGGGGAAUGAGACCCUCGCAACCGUCAUAUGUAGGUGACGAGCUGUUCCAAUUGUGUUUGCAGUGCUGGCAAGUUGAUCCUGAUGAAAGACCUAGUUUCUCAUCUCUUUUGAAUGAACUGACACCUUUUGCGGAAGGCCCGGCCACUAGAUGUCUAAGUUUCACUCAUUAUAAUGGAUAUAACUAUGAACCACACGUGCCACAGUUUGAAAUACUUUCAUAGGAUUAUCAUUAAUACUGACUGUACCAUUAAAGAUUAUUUUUAGAAAUGUUGGACAAAAUAUUUUAUUCAAAUUGAUAUGUAAUCAGGAGGUAUAUUGCAAAUGUGGUCAACUAAAACUUAUUAAAGAUUGGAACCACUUUAUAUUUUUCAAACAGCACACAGUCUAAUAUAAUGCAAAUUAAAUAGAAAAUAUGUUCAAGUUUGUCCAAAGUUUAAAAAUAACCUUUAACAUACAAGUUUACUCUCAAACAUUCUAGGUUGAGUUGUGAAAAACUGGACUUGCUUAGUUUUGAAAAUUGCCUCCAAAAUUCCCAUUUCUAUUGUAUAGUCUUCUAAAUACAUGUAAUAAUGUUUCUCUUGUUAAGUGAAAACAUUAAAUCCAAAGAUUCGUUUUUGAAUACAAAUACUGUCAUGUACUAUUAGGUUAAUUUGACUUGUGUAAUAUUUCGUUUUAAUUCAUUUUUUUAAUUUUAACAUUCCAUUUUAAUUAUAAGUACUUAAUAAGAGUAUUAUAGGGAAAUCUUAAAGCAAUAUUUAAGUAUAUUACAAGAUAUAAUGUUGAAUUUAUUGAUCUGAACUAAGUUACUUGAUAUAAAAAUAUAUUUUUGAAUUUUUUUAUUAAAGCUUGUAGUUUAGUUCUCAAGCUUUGCUAUUAGAAAAAAAAAUUAAAAUAUAUAAAAAGGCAGCUAAUAAAGAAAAAUUAGAGACAGCAA